UUUAAAAUCAAGAAGUCUUUGAACGCGCCCAUGUAACUACUAAUGUGAAUCUAUUUUAAUAAGAAUAAUAAAGUCAGUCGUGAAAAACAUCCGUAGAGAACAGUUGUGUUUUUGUGUUAAAUUGAUGUAUCGGCCACAACAAAUUGGCGACGAAAAUUGGAUAAAAAAGGAGUGCGUUUUUUUUUUUUGUUCUUAAAAAAGAGAAAGAACAAACUAUUAUAAUUUAUAACUAUGGCUCAAGCAUUCCAAGCUGCUUUCUGCGUCGAAACAUUCGACAAGAAUAAAACGAAGUGGAGUCGCUGGGUGAGUCGACUCGAAGGUGCUUUCGGUUUGUUUCAUGUGCUGGAGGCACAGAAGAGAGACUUUCUCCUCCAUUUUAUGGGUUCGGAAACCUACGAUAUAUUAUGCGACAAGUUAUCACCUGCGCAGCCAAAUGACAAAACGUUUAAAGACAUCGUCGAAUUAUUGGAACAGCACUUCAACCCGGAUCCUUUGGAGAUCGUCGAAAACAAUAAAUUCCAUUUGCGGAAGCAACAGGAGGGGGAGAAUGUCUGCGAAUUUCUCGUUAACCUAAGAAGACUGGCGGCAUCAUGUAAUUUUGGUGAGUACCUUCUUACGGCUCUUCGAAAUCAAUUCGUUUUCGGACUCAAAUCAAAAGUUAUGCAAAACCGAUGCCUGGAACAGAGAAAAUUAACAUUGGAAAUGGCACUUGAUAUUGCGAAAGGCAUCGAGUUAUCCGAAGAAGGUGGUGUAGUGCUCGGAAAUGUUCAGGAUGUUACAUCGGCAGUGAACAAAAUAACGACGAACAAGUCGAGACAGGGUUUGUCUGGUAACGGGAUCGGUUAUUCUCAAAUACAUCCUAAUGAUACAAAUACAAAUAAAAAUAAAUAUGGUAGUAGUAGGCCUAUUCACAAUGUUAGAAAUGGUGGAAAUAAAUGUUUUCGAUGUGGUGAAUUGCACUUAGCUACAAAUUGCAAGCAUUAUAAUUCGGUGUGUUCAUAUUGCAAAAAAAAAGGUCAUUUAAGAAGAGUUUGUUUUUCUUUGAAUAAAAAUAGUGAUAAUUUUGCAAAUUAUGUUGAAAUUAAUGAAAACGAAAAUGAAAUAAACCAAAUUGAGAGUAUUUUUCAAAUAAAUGAAAUAACAAAAAAUAAUGACGAUGGACUUUUUGCAAAAAUGUACAUUAAUAAUAUAAAUGUAACUUUUGAAGUCGAUACUGGUUCGAAAUUCACAAUUAUGUCCAUGGAAAAUUUUAAAAACAUCAUACCAAAUAAAGUAAUCGAAAAACCUGAUAUUGUAAUGAAAAGUUUUACAGGCAACAAUGUAGGAAUUUUAGGAUUCUGUACUGUUGAUGUUAGAUACAAAAAUAUAAUGUAUAAAUUAAAACUUUAUUUGACUUCUAUUUCUAAACAUCCUUUAUUAGGGAGACAAUGGGUAAGAGCACUAAACAUAAAUCUAAACGAAUUGGCAGGUAUAAGUUAUAAUGCUCUUGAUUCAAAUAAUAUUAACAAAAUUAAUUCAGACGAUACCUCAACUGACGAUACAGUUUUGAUUGAUAAAAUUAAAAAAAAAUUUCCUAACCUUUUUGAAACCUCUUUAGGUAAAAUUCCAAACUUUCAGGCUAAAUUAAACAUUAAAGCUAACGCGAAACCAGUAUUUGUAAGGCAUAGAUCUAUACCAUUUGCUAUAAGAGAAGGGGUAGAACUGGAAAUUAACAAGAUGGUAAACGAUGGUAUCUUGGAAAAAGUAAAUGCUAGUGCAUGGGCGACACCGAUUGUUCCAAUAAGGAAAACUAAUAACCAGAUAAGACUGUGUGGCGAUUACAAAGUCACGAUUAACCCGUGUUUGAUAGUUGAUGAGCAUCCUCUGCCAACAAUUGAAGAGUUAUUUGCAUCAAUUAGCGGAGGAAAUAAAUUUUCAAAAAUUGAUUUGACCAAGGCUUAUCUGCAAUUAGAAGUCAACGAGGAAUGUCGAGAUUAUUUGACCUUAAGUACACAUAAAGGUUUAUAUAGACCAACAAGACUAAUGUAUGGCAUCUCAUCAGCGCCAGCUAUUUGGCAACGAUAUAUGGAGGAAUUAUUGAGCGAUAUUCCUGGAGUAUCCAUUUUCAUCGAUGAUGUCAAGAUAACUGGCCGGGAUAAUGAAGAACAUUUGGACAGAUUGUUUCAAGUUUUGAGUCGUCUCGAUAAAAACAACAUGCGUAUCAAUGUAAACAAGUGUCAAUUCUUUCAAGAUAAAAUCGAAUAUGUCGGAUACGAAAUCGAUAAAAACGGUAUUCAUAAAACAAAGAAUAAAAUCGAAGCCAUUGAUCAGAUGCCAGUACCAGAAAACAAGGACCAAGUGAGAUCAUACGUAGGGUUAGUAAACUACUACGGAAGAUUUUUCAAAAAUCUAAGUACAACUCUUUAUCCGAUAAACGAUUUACUUAAGAAAAAUGUACCAUUUGUUUGGAAUAAAAGCUGCCAAACUGCUUUUGACAAAAUCAAAAUGGAAAUGCAAACCGAUAACUUUUUAACACAUUACAAUCCAAAACUUAAAUUGCUUUUAGCCACAGACGCUUCACCAUACGGUGUAGGAGCUGUUCUCAGCCAUGAAUUCCCGGAUGGAACAGAAAAGCCAAUAAUGUACGCCUCUCAGACGUUGACACCUACCCAACAGAAGUACAGUCAGAUUGAUAAAGAGGCUUAUGCUAUCACGUAUGGAGUGAAGAGAUUCUACCAAUACGUAUAUGGCCGGAAGUUCACUCUUGUAACAGACAACAAGCCAGUUUCCCAGAUUUUUUCCCCUAAAAAGGGAAUGCCAGUUUUAUCGGCAACACGCAUGCAACAUUAUGCAGCUUAUCUUCAAUGCUUUGAUUAUGAUAUAGUUUUUAGAAGAACUGAAGAUCAUUGCAACGCAGAUGCAAUGUCAAGAUUGCCUAUCAAAAAAAUAUCAAAAUUUACAAUGGAUGAGGCUGAUGUAUUGGAAAUAUCACAAAUCGAAAAUUUACCGUUGACAGUGGACGAACUGGGAAAAGCAACUAUUAAUAAUGAUAAUGUGAAGGUUUUAGUACAAGGUUUAAGAACGGGAAGAAUUGUAGAACCAAAAUACAGAUUUGGAAUUGACCAAAACGAGUUCACAUUACAGCAAAAUUGUAUCAUGCGAGGGAUGCGAGUGUUCAUUCCUGAAACUCUCCGUAAACGGGUUCUUAGCGAGCUGCAUGCAUCACACUUCGGGGCAACUAGAAUGAAAUCUCUAGCGAGAAGUUAUUGCUGGUGGGAAAGGAUCGAUAGUGAUAUAGAAGAUUUGGUAAAAAACUGUCCGGACUGUCAACGAAUAAGAAGCAAUCCUCCUAAAACUUCCGUGCAUUGUUGGGAAGCACCCACUGAACCUUUCCAAAGAGUACACAUUGAUUUUGCAGGUCCAUUUCUCGGUAAGCUUUUUUUUAUUUUAGUCGAUGCUUACUCAAAAUGGCCAGAAGUUUUUGUAAUUCCAAACAUGACGACAGAUACAACUAUAACCACCUGUAGGAAUAUUUUCAGCCGUUUUGGUAUACCGUCGGUUUUAGUUAGCGAUCACGGGGUUCAAUUUACAAAUUACAAAUUCAAAGAAUUCUUGAAGAUGAACGGAAUCGUGCACAAAAUGGGAGCGCCAUACCACCCUGCAACUAACGGCCAGGCAGAACGUUACGUGCAAACAAUUAAACAAAAAUUAAAAACAUUAGGACCGGACACGACAGAUUUAAAUACCGAAUUAUGCAGAAUCCUUUUGGACUACAGAAAGAUGGUUCAUCCUGCGACAGGAAAAUCGCCCUCUAUGAUGGUAUUCGGACGCGAAAUUAGAUCCAGAAUUGAUUGCAUGAUACCAUUUAGGUGUUUCAAUUCAAUCGAAGCUAAGAGGGGAAGAUCACUUGAAGAAAAUGACAGAGUUGCUGUGCGUGAAUACCUCGACCGUGGAGUAAAGUGGAGAUUUGGACAAAUCAUAAGAAAGCUAGGACUUCUUCAUUAUUUAGUAAGACUUGAUGAUAAUCGUAUUUGGAAACGCCACAUUGACCAGAUUCGCCAAAUAGGCAUAGAUGUAAAAAAUCAACAAACCUAUGACGUUUCCAGAGAAGAACAUCCUCCUUCACUUAACAUUCAGCAACAUGACAAUGGUGGAGAUAUGCUUACAGAUACUGAAACAUCCGAUAAUAACAUUUCAAUGAAUAAUGAAAAAAAUCAUCAAAACUGUACUGCUGGUGAAGGUAUAAAUGAUGACUCAAAUUGUAAUCAAAAUAAAAAUGUAAUUAAGAUUUUACGAAGAUCAAAUCGUAUUAUUAAAGCACCAGAUCGACUAGAUAUUUAA